AUGGAUCGAAGUUGGAUGAACGCAUCACGUAUAACUGAAGAGUAUGAGAAUGGUGUUGAAGAGUUUUUGCUGUUUGCUCAAAGUAAAGCGCAACCUAUGUGGGGAAAAUUUUUUUGUCCAUGUGUGAAGUGUGGAAAUGGGAGGCGCCAAACAAUUGAUGACAUAAGAACUCAUCUUAUUUGUGAGGGAAUAAUUCGUAGCUACACAAAAUGGAUAUGGCAUGGGGAAUCCCUCGAUACAGCUGACAUGUCACAGGCUGACGAUGUUACUACAGACAGCGGAAAUCCUAUAGAAGAAAUGAUUCGCGAUCUUGGGCAAGAGGGGUUUGAAGAGGCACAUGCAGCGUUGUAUGACAACAUAGAAGUUGAUUCAAAAAUGCCUUUGUAUUCCGGCUGCAUAUCUUUCACAAAAUUGUCAGCUGUGUUAGCUCUGGUUAACUUGAAGGCUCGAUUUGGGUGGAGUGACAAGAGUUUUAGUGAGUUGCUGAUGUUGUUGACAAACAUGCUUCCUGCUGAUAACGUCUUGCCAAAGAAUCACUACCAAGCAAAGAAGAUUUUAUGUCCAGUUGGGAUGCAACUGACCAACGGAGAUUCUACUGUACUAGUCUCAGACGCCAACCGCCGUCCAGCAAAGGUGUGUUGGUAUCUCCCAAUAAUACCAAGGUUUAAGCGGUUGUUUGCUAAUGGGGAAGAUGCAAAGAACCUUAUAUGGCAUGCAAAUACCAGAAAAUCAGAUGGAUUGAUGCGACAUCCUGCAGAUAGCCCGCAAUGGAAGGCAAUUGAUCGUCUGUAUCCUGAAUUUGGGGCCGAGCCUAGAAAUUUAAGGCUUGGUCUUGCAACGGACGGAAUGAACCCAUUUGGAACCUUAACUACUAACCAUAGCUCGUGGCCCGUUUUGCUGUUCAUUUAUAAUCUCCCUCUGUGGUUGUGCAUGAAGCGAAAGUAUGUUAUGCUAAGUAUGAUGAUAGCUGGUCCAAGACAACCAGGUAAUGAUAUUGACGUAUAUCUAAGACCGUUAAUUGACGAUUUGCGGAAAUUGUGGGAUGAAGGGGUUGAUGUAUGGGACGCAAAUUUGCAGCAUGCUUUCAAGUUGCGUGCAAUGAAUACAAGUUUCCACCAACUUAAACAUGGAAAGAAGACUGUGUAUACUAGGCAUCGAAGAUUUCUCAAACAGUAUCAUCCGUAUCGACGAUUGAAGAAGGCAUUCGAUGGAAGUCAAGAACAUGAAACCGCGCCAAAUCCAUUAACUGGCGAUGAAGUAUAUCAGCGGGUCAAGGAUGUCGUAAAUAUGUUCAGCAAGUCCCAAAAAAAACCAUCAUCCACUUCAAACAUGUGGAAAAAGAAGUCUAUUUUCUUUGAUCUUCCGUACUGGUCCGAUCAUCAUGUUAGGCAUUGUAUAGACGUCAUGCAUGUCGAGAAAAAUGUUUGUGAUUCUUUAAUUGGGACCCUCCUAAACAUUAAAGGCAAGACAAAGGAUGGUUUCAAGUGUCGUCAAGACUUGGUUGACAUGGGUAUAUGUCAGGUGUUGCAUCCUAUCUCAAAAGGUAACAGGACAUAUCUGCCCCCAGCCUGUUACACAAUGUCAACAGCUGAAAAGAGAAGUUUUUGUGAAUGCUUGCGUAAUAUCAAAGUCCCACAAGGCUACUCUUCAAACAUCAAGAGUCAUGUGUCUGUGAAUGAGCUUAAGUUGGUUGGCUUGAAAUCACAUGAUUGUCAUGUGUUAAUGCAACAACUUUUGCCUGUUGCAAUCCGCGGAACAUUGCCUGAGAAGGUCCGUGUUGCAAUCAGCCGCUUGUGUUUCAUUUUUAAUGCUAUAUGUGCCAAGGUCAUUGACCCUAAACAGUUGGAUGCUUUGGAAGAUGAGGUUGUCGUUGUCCUUUGUCAAAUGGAGAUGUUUUUCCCUCCUUCAUUUUUUGACAUUAUGGUACACUUAGUUGUUCAUCUGGUAAGGGAGAUAAGGUGUUGUGGUCCUACGUAUUUUAGAUGGAUGUAUCCAGUUGAGCGGUACAUGAAGGUCUUAAAGGGUUAUACGAAGAAUCGACAUCGACCAGAGGCCUCAAUAGUGGAAAGAUACGUUGCUGAAGAAUGCAUUGAGUUUGCCUCACAGUACAUUGACUCAUUGAAACCUGUCGGUGUUCCUGCAUCCCGGCAUGACCAGCCAAUAGCCGGCAAGGGUACUCGUGGAUACAAUGUUGUGACAAUGACUAGGCAUGACGUGUCACAAGCACAUUUGUAUAUAUUAAACAACACAAUAGAGGUGUUUCCGUACAUAGAGGCUCACAAAAAACAUGUUAGAGAUAGUCACCCCAAAAUGAACAUGAUGAGGGUAUUGCAAGAGCACAACAAAACUUUCAUAAAUUGGUUUAGACAAACAAUACUUGCUGAUAAAAGUGUUUCCAGACGACUGACAUUGUUAGCCAUUGGCCCAAAUUUGAAUGUCCCUACAUGGAAGGGGUAUGACAUUAACAAUUAUUCAUUCUACACAAAGUCCCAAGAUGAGAAAAGUUCGGUACAAAACAGUGGGGUCUGUGUUGAUGCUGAUUCGGAGCACUUUUCCAGUACAUCGGAUAACAACCCCAUUCGAGCAUCCAUGUCUUACUUUGGUGUCAUUCAAGAAAUUUGGGAGGUUGAUUAUACAUCAUUUAGAGUGCCUGUUUUUAAGUGUCAGUGGGUGAACGGGACAACAGGUGUGUUUCAAGAUCCAUUGGGAUUUACUUUGGUAGACCUUAGUAAGGUGGCAUAUAUAGACGAACCUUUCAUUAUGGUAGCACAAGCCAGACAAGUUUUCUAUGUACAAGAUCCAUGUAAUUCAAGUUUGUCUGUGGCUCUGCAAGGAAGACCAAGUGGAAUGAAUUACCAUAAUGAUGAGUCAACCCUUGACAUUGGUCAAAUGUCUGGUUUUUCAAAACAAUUGCCUUCAAUGAAUGAAGCUGAUGAAGUGGAUGAUGGACAUGCAAAUCGUGUAGAUCAUGAUGAAGGUCUAUGGGAAAACAUCCCUACAGGCUGA